AUGUGUACAUUCUCGCUUUCUGCAACUUCAAUGCAAGUACCUCCAUACCCACCUCCCUUUUCCUUCUCAUCCCCAUCACUACCCCUCACCACACCCCACAGUUACACAUUCACCUCCACCGUCCCCAAACCCCGCCUCCCCGUCUUUUCCGCCACCAAAGACAUCUGGCGCAACCCCAAAACGACGCCGUCUUCUCCCCCCUCUCACCCGCCCCGCCACCGCCGCAAGCUCCAAGGCACCGCGUUCCUAGACCACACCAUCGACAUGGACGACCUCGCCGCCUCCAUCCGCGCCACCCAAAACGACCACGACCUCAACUCCCUCCUCUCCCCUUACAAAUCCCGCAGCCUCUCCAUCCGCUUCAUGGUCUCCCUCCUCUCCCGCGAGCCCGACUGGCGCCGCUCCCUCGCCAUCCUCGACUGGAUCAACGACGUCGCUCUCUACACUCCCUCCGUCUUCGCCUACAACGUCGUCCUCCGCAACGUCCUCCGCGCCGGCCAGUGGGACCUCGCACACGGCCUGUUCGACGAAAUGCGCCACCGGGCUCUGGCGCCGGACAGAUACACUUACUCAACUCUCAUCACUGCUUUCGGAAAAGCCGGCAUGUUCGACGCCGCGCUGUCCUGGCUGCAGAAGAUGGAGCAGGACCGAGUCUCCGGCGACCUGGUGCUCUACAGCAACUUGAUUGAGCUGUCACGGAAGCUGUGUGACUACACCAAGGCGAUUGCGAUUUUCUCGCGGCUGAAGAGGAUGGGGAUAGUUCCUGAUUUGGUUGCGUUUAAUUCGAUGAUCAAUGUGUUUGGUAAGGCGAAGUUGUUUAGGGAGGCGAGAGGUCUGCUCAAGGAGAUGAGGGCGGUGGGUGUUGCGCCGGAUACUGUGAGCUACUCGACGCUGUUGACAAUGUAUGUUGAGAAUGAGAAGUUUUUGGAGGCGUUGGGUGUGUUUCGGGAGAUGAGUGAGGUCAAGUGUGGGCUGGAUAUCACGACGUGUAAUGUUAUGAUUGAUGUGUAUGGGCAGCUGGAUAUGGCGAAGGAGGCGGAUAGGUUGUUUUGGAGCAUGAGGAAGAUGGUGAUUGAGCCGAAUGUUGUUAGUUACAAUACUCUUUUGAGGGUUUAUGGAGAUGCUGAGCUUUUUGGGGAAGCCAUUCAUUUGUUUAGGAUGAUGCAGAGGAUGGAUGUGGAGCAGAAUGUUGUCACGUACAAUACGAUGAUUAGGAUUUAUGGGAAGUCGCUUGAGCAUGAGAAGGCUACGAAUCUUGUGCAGGAAAUGCAGAAGAGGGGGAUUCAACCGAAUGCCAUUACAUACUCGACCAUUAUAUCUAUAUGGGGUAGAGCUGGGAAAUUGGACAGGGCAGCAAUGUUGUUUCAGAAGCUGAGGAACUCCGGGGUUGAGAUUGAUCAGGUUCUUUAUCAGACGAUGAUUGUAUCGUAUGAGAGAGUAGGUUUGGUUGCUCAUGCUAAGCGCUUGCUUCAUGAGCUCAAGCGCCCAGACAAUAUCCCAAGGGAGACUGCAAUUACCAUUCUUGCUAGAGCUGGUCGUGUGGAGGAGGCUACAUGGGUUUUCCGUCAGGCUUUUGAGGCUGGGCAGGUGAAGGAUAUAUCUGUGUUUGGUUGCAUGAUUGAGCUUUACUCAAGAAACCGGAAAUAUGCAAAUUGCAUUGAGGUGUUUGAGAAUAUGCGAGUGGCAGGAUAUUUUCCUGCUUCCCAUGUGAUUGGUCUAGUUCUCAACGCUUAUGGAAAGUUACGGGAGUUUGAGAAGGCUGAUGCUGUUUAUAGGGAAAUGCAGGAGGAAGGGUGUGUUUUCUCUGAUGAAAUUCACUUCCAAAUGCUUAGUCUUUAUGGUGCAAGAAAGGACUUUAAGACGGUAGAGGCAAUGUUCGAGAGGCUGGUCUGCGAUCCCAACAUCAACAAAAAGGAGUUGCAUCUUGUUGUUGCCGGCAUCUAUGAAAGAUCAAACAGACUUAAUGAUUCACACCGGAUCAUGAACAGGAUGAAUGAAAGUCGAGUGUUGAAAUCAUGA